AAACAUCGAGCGAGAACAUCAACAAUAACAUCGUCUAGACCAACUCACUACUCCUUCACACUACCACUUCACACUACCACUUCACACUAUGCGUUUCGCAAUCGCCGCUUUCUUCACUAUGGCUGUGGCUGUUCUUGCUGCCCCCGCUGCCGAGCCUAAUGCUCAAGGCCCGAACAACUGUUGUUCUACAUAUAUUGUUCCCGAAGGUUCCGGCUGCAAACCUGGCUGCUAAAUGCUAUAACCUAUACAUGUCACCCUGCGAUAAGUGCUGCUAAGUGUUGGAAGUUAUCCUGGGUCUGGGCUGUAACGUCACAUUGGAACAAUAUAGAAUUUAGCUACAAUACAAAUAAGGCUGCUGAGAUUUGUCCUCU